UAUAUAUUUGUUUCCGUUUCCGUGUGCAUUUUUUUCAGAGUGUGGCGCGCGCUGUUCAAAGUACCGAGAAGAAACGCGGGGAGAAAGGUGAGAUGAUGUCCACUACUGCCAGGAAGAGAAAGCUCUCCUCUCCGGACUUGGACAGCCACCCAGCUAAGAAGGGUGGGAGGGAGGAGAUGUCCCCCAUGAAGAGAAGAUCCCCCAAGAAGAAACCAGCAGGGCAUCUGGGCAAAAACUGUCCCUCACCACAGAAAUCCCCAGAGAGACUAGCAGACUCACUACCCUGUAACUCUCCAUUCAAACCUUCCAUGGUUACCAGUUCCUUCUAUGGCAAGCAGAAGUCCAUCUAUCUCACUCCACUAGAGAGAAAGGCAAUAAAGGAGUCUCUGCCAUCUGCCCCUCUUAGUUCACCUCCCUCCCAGGCCAAAAAACCAGAAAAAAAGAAUAUGAGGAGUUUAAAAAGAGACCAGAAGCCAAGAAACAUGUCUGCAGGAUCUAGUAAAAGAGGAAAGCUGGGUAUCAAAAGCUGUCUGACAUCUACAAAGACAAUCAAGCUGCCAAAACAUAACCACAGCAGUGUCAGUGGCAAACCGGCUUCCACUACAGCUGCUGCUCCUGCCAGAAUCACUAAACCACCAGACUCCAAGAAAGCAAUCACCAUCACUUUCAGCAGCCUGAAGCCUAAACCGAAGAUCUUUGUUGGAGCUGCAUUUUUUGGUACAGGGAAGAAACCUGCAUCCAUGUACAAGAAAUCCACACCAAAAUCCUCAACCAGACCAAAUUCAGUACAGGGGAAAAAUAAGGUGGUGCUGCCACAGAAGAAGAGUGAGAAAGCAAAACAGCCACCUGCUCCAGUGACAAACCAGCAUCAGAAACAUCCUGAAAAGACUGCUGUCCAGACACUUGAGACUGAAGAGGAGGAGCUGAGCACCAAACAGGGAGAAAAGUUUGAUCCAGCAGACUGGAUGGACUGUGAUGAGGAGCCUGUAACGCCACAGCCAUCAAGCUCUACUGACAUGUUGGCGAAGAAACACGGGAUUGCCAAGGAGCUGACGAUUGUGUUGACAAGGACUCCACAACCAAGCCCUGCAUCUACAGCUGUAUCCGUCAGUACUCAGGAUUGUUUUCUGACAGAUGGUGUCUCCGAGCCCAUUUUUGAUCUAAGUGAUAUAAGCCCUACCAGCGCAGCUUCCAGCCCUCCCAAAGAAACUGCAGCAGUAUAUCCCAUCUUUGACUCUGCAUCCAAGAGGUUAAGGAACACAGCUCUGCGGCCUCCAGUGUCCUGCAGCACCCCCUCUGCCCCGAUGACAUCACUACAGACUUCUUCAGUUAAAGAACGAAGUGUUCGCAGGAGGAGGGGGAAGCAGGAUGAAGACCAGCUCAUCAUCGAUGCAGGCCAGAAGCAGUUUGGAGCGAUGGCCUGCAGCUCAUGUGGCAUGGUGUACAGUGCUGACAAUCCAGACGACAAUUUUCAGCACACUCAGUUCCACCAGCGCUUCUUCGACUCCAUCAAAUUUGUGGGCUGGAAGAAGGAGCGGGUGGUGGCAGAGUUCUGGGACGGAAAAAUUAUCCUGGUCCUGCCAGAUGAUCGGAAAUAUGCCAUUAAAAAGGCUGAAGAUGUGCGCUGUAUAGUGGACAAUGAGUUGGGUUUCCAGCAGGUGGCUCUAAGCAGACCCACACAGGCCAAAACAUACCUGUAUAUCAACACAGAGCACAUGGUGGUGGGAUGUCUUGUUGCUGAACCUCUACGACAGGCUUACAGAGUCCUCGAGCAGCCAGACCAACACAAGGAUAUGACCAAGGACGACUUCAUGGAGCGACACAGAGCCUGGUGCUGCUCCACCAUCCCAGAACAAGCCCUGUGUGGGAUCAGCCGCAUCUGGGUCUUUAGCCUGGCCAGGCGACAGGGCAUCGCAACCCGCAUGCUGGACACCGUCAGGAGCACCUUCAUGUACGGCAGUCAUCUCACCAAGGAGGAAAUUGCCUUCUCUGACCCGACACCUGAUGGCAGACUGUUCGCCACCAAGUACUGCAACACCCCAACCUUCCUCGUUUACAACUUCAUUGCAUGAAGUUUGGAUUAAAACCCAGUUCAGCCUGUUCAAGCAGUAAUGUAAGAACUGUCAGAUUUUAAGGCAUUUGUUGAAUUAUCAUUCACAUGCAACAACUGCUGAGGUUUUUCAUGUUCACUGAGCCAGGCUGUAGUUUGUAUUAAGUGUGUGUGUGUAUAAGCUUCAGUUGUAUAUUUCAAGCUCUGUUCAGGACAGUAUAUUUAGUGUUACGUUUUUGAUAUCACUCAGUAUUUAUACUCAGUGCCGUCUAAAUGGCUGUUGAAUGUUUAGAAUGGUAAUAUUUUCUACUCAGAUGUUUAAUGUUGGCUUAAAUCUGGAGUGACUACAAAUGGGCUUGCUUUGAUUAUUAUUAUUUUUUUUUUAAUUGGAUUCUUUUGGAUCAUUCUGUUUGUUGCAAGAAAGCUGGAAGCACCUAAAUGACUUUUUUACCCACCCUUGCUUACCAGCUUAAGGUUUUCUUGGCAGUUUGGAAGGAAUAUACUUUGCCACCAACCUGUUGAAAGGUGGAUGCCAUCACUGUUUAGGGGCAUUCUGCUUUAUAAAAUUUUAAUAAACAUCCUUUGUUUUGUGAACCUAGA